AUGGCAGGAGCACUAGAAAAUGCUCGUAAAGAGAUUAAAAGAAUAUCAUUAGAUGACCAUGAAGAGUCAGAAUACGGUUAUGUGUAUUCUGUCUCUGGUCCUGUUAUCAUUGCUGAACAAAUGAUUGGUUGCGCUAUGUAUGAAUUGGUUAAAGUUGGUCAUGACAAUUUAGUCGGUGAAGUUAUUAGAAUCGAUGGUGAUAAAGCUACUAUUCAAGUUUAUGAAGAAACUGCAGGUGUCACUGUUGGUGAUCCAGUUUUAAGAACUGGUAAACCACUGUCUGUUGAAUUAGGUCCAGGUUUGAUGGAAACCAUUUACGAUGGUAUUCAAAGACCAUUAAAGGCUAUUAAAGAACGUUCCCAAUCUAUAUAUAUCCCAAGAGGUAUUGAUUCUCCAGCUCUAGAUAGAACUAUUAAAUGGCAAUUCACACCAAGCCAACACAAAGUUGGUGACCAUAUCACAGGGGGUGAUAUUUUUGGUUCUGUUUUCGAAAAUUCUCUAUUAGACAACCAUAAAAUUUUACUACCACCACGAGCAAGAGGUACCAUUACUUGGAUUGCUAGUGCUGGUGAAUACACUGUCGAUGAAAAAAUUUUGGAAGUUGAAUUCGAUGGUAAGAAAUACGACUACUCAAUGAUGCACACAUGGCCUGUUAGGGUACCAAGACCAGUUGCUGAAAAGGUCUCAGCCGAUUAUCCAUUAUUAACUGGUCAAAGAGUUUUAGAUGCUUUGUUCCCAUGUGUUCAAGGUGGUACUACUUGUAUUCCAGGUGCUUUCGGUUGUGGUAAGACUGUUAUCUCCCAAUCUUUAUCAAAAUAUUCGAACUCUGACGCUAUUAUUUACGUUGGUUGUUUUGCUAAAGGUACCAAGGUUUUGAUGGCAGAUGGUUCUGAUAAAUCUAUUGAAGAUAUUGCUAUUGGUGAACAAGUCAUGGGUAAAGAUGGUGCUCCAAGAAGCGUCGUUGGUUUACCUCGUGGCCAGAAGACAAUGUACCAUGUCAAACACACUACACAACAUAAGAAGUCUGACCAAGAAGUUGGUUUGAUGGAUUACGUAUGUUCAGGUAACCAUAAGUUAGUUCUUCGUACCCCACAAUUAAUCAGCACGGCUACUAACAGAUUAAAUGGUAAGUUGUACACUAGUGUCACUUACUUUGCUCUUGAAGAUUCUAUCUACGGUAAGAUUGUUAAAAAGAAGACUAAUACUUACGAACACAGUGCCCACGGUGGCAAGCAAGAAGCUGCGAGAAAAGCCUCAGAGUUUGUUUCAAGUCUUGAUAUGCAACCAAUUGACUGGGAUAUUGAAGCCUCUGAUUACAAUCACCUUGGUUACUUCGUUAAGAAAUCUACUUUCCAAAUGAUUAAUCCAAUUUUCAAGGAAUCUGGUAAUCUGGCUAGCAAGCUAGAAAAAUUAGGCUUUGAAGGUUCAUUAGCUCCAAAAAUUGCUUGGAUGCUUGGUUUCUGGGUUGGUGCCGGUAACAUUAACCAAUCUGAAUUCUCUAUUGAUCCAUCGGGCACUCAAUUGGUUGAUCGUAUUUCUGAAGUUGGUAAGUACUUUAACUUGACCACAGCUACUUCCAAACACUACAGUCGUGUCUUUAGUAAGGCUCAAGAAGAAGUAGAAAUCGCUAAAUUAAAUAACGGUAAGAUUGAAGCAGAUGGUUCAAUUGUUUUCGAUGAUGAUAUCGAAGGCACUCCAUCCGAAGAAGAAUUGAUUGAAAUUGAGAUGUCAUCUGAUGCUUCUAAGGCUUCUUCUAACGACGCUUCCUUCGCUCGUGUAAAUGGUAAUGGUUCUUUGGAAUGCACCGAUUUAUCUGUCAUUCUAAGAGACUCCGUUGCUAAUCAAGCCAAGAGGGAAAAUAACCCUUUCUGGAAUUUUGUCGAAUCUCUUUGCGUCAAAUCUAAGAAUAUUCCAUCACUUAACGAAUCUUUUGAAAAACAUAUUCCAUUUGAAUUAUCUUAUGAUAAUAUGGAAGUUCGUGAACAAUUCAUUGCAGGUUUAAUUGACGCUACCGGUUCUGUUAAGAAAGACAAGGCUAGCAACUCCACCAAGGCUACUGUUGCUACUGCUUUCAAGGGUGUUGCAGAAGGUCUUGUUAGAAUUGCUCGUUCUCUUGGUAUUAAAGUUUAUGUCACUGCCGAAAAGAAUUGUAUGGACAAAAAUGAUGUUAAGCACCAACUAUACUACAGUAUCUCUUUGAGUGGUGAAGCUCUUUCUAGUUCUCUAAGAUUCUGUUCACUUGACAGAAACGUUGCUUCUCUAAGUCCUUUCUUCAACAGAGAAGCUGUUCCAUUUUACUUUACUUUAGAAGAACAAGAAGAAGACCAAUACUAUGGUGUUACUUUACCAGAUUCUACCGACAAGCAAUAUUUGUUAUCAUCUUUAGCUUUAGUUCAUAACUGUGGUGAAAGAGGUAAUGAAAUGGCUGAAGUUUUGAUGGAAUUUCCAGAAUUAUAUACUGAAAUUAAUGGCAGAAAGGAGCCAAUUAUGAAACGUACUACUUUAGUUGCCAAUACUUCUAAUAUGCCGGUUGCUGCUAGAGAAGCUUCUAUCUACACAGGUAUUACUUUAGCUGAAUAUUUCAGAGAUCAAGGUAAGGACGUUUCUAUGAUUGCUGAUUCAUCUUCGAGAUGGGCUGAGGCUUUAAGAGAAAUUUCUGGUCGUUUAGGUGAAAUGCCUGCCGAUCAAGGUUUCCCAGCUUAUCUAGGUGCUAAAUUAGCUUCUUUCUACGAAAGAGCUGGUAAGGCUGUUGCUUUAGGUUCCCCAGACCGUAUUGGAUCUGUGUCCAUCGUUGCUGCUGUUUCCCCAGCUGGUGGUGAUUUCUCCGAUCCUGUCACAACUUCUACCUUAGGUAUCACACAAGUUUUCUGGGGUUUAGAUAAAAAAUUAGCCCAAAGAAAGCAUUUCCCAUCUAUCAAUACAUCGCUAUCAUAUUCCAAAUAUACAACUGCUUUGAAUGGGUUUUAUGAUAGAGAAUACCCCGAAUUCCCAGUAUUAAGAAAUCGUAUUAAGGAAAUAUUAUCAAAUGCAGAAGAACUAGAGCAAGUUGUCCAAUUAGUUGGUAAAUCGGCUUUAUCUGACAGUGACAAGAUUACAUUAGACGUGUCUACAUUAAUUAAGGAAGAUUUCUUACAACAAAAUGGUUAUUCUACUUAUGAUGCAUUCUGUCCAAUUUGGAAGACUUACGAUAUGAUGAGAGCUUUUGUUUCCUACAAUGAUGAAUCUCAAAAAGCCGUAUCAAAUGGGGCUAACUGGUCUAGAUUAUCAGAAGCUACCAAGGAUGUCAAACAUGCUGUUUCAUCAUCAAAGUUUUUUGAACCAAGCAGAGGUCAAGCAGAAGUUCAUGCAGAGUUUGAAAAACUAUUAACUAAAAUGCAAGAAAGAUUCGCUGAAUCCACUGAUUAA